GGGGCCGGAGAGAGAGGGAGAAGGACGCAGUGUGGGCGGGUUGAGAAGCGUCGAGAGGAGGGAGGGGACGCCAGCGUAAUAUUCCAACCGUGUUGUGUCCCUCUUCUCAGUAGAGUCGAAAAACAAGGACAUUUGUCGGUGUCUUAACCCUCCUCACCUCUCAUCGAGUCUAACGUCAGGCUGAUAUACACCCUGUCAUUUCUUGACCUGCUGCUGAAGACUGUCUGUGCGUGUCCUCUGCCCGGAGGUUUGGUUUGCUUUCAGCCUGCGGGAGAUUGGCGAGCGGCAGGGGCGUGAGAGGCGGAUGCUGCGAGCGUAGAGGCUGGGUACCAACCAGGAGCAUCACCGGACUCACCACGAUGGACAGAAUGAAUUUUCUCUCCUUCCUCCUCCUUUGCUUGACUUCGGUUGCCAAUGGCAACAAAGCCAAUAAGCACAAGCCAUGGAUUGAGACAGAGUACCAGGGGAUUGUCAUGGAGAACGACAACACCGUGCUGCUCAAUCCCCCACUCUUUGCCCUGGACAAAGAUGCUCCACUUCACUAUGCUGGUGAAAUCUGUGGCUUCCGGGUUCAUAAUGGCCCCUCGGGAUCAGGUUCAGUCCAGUUUGAAGCAGUGGUUCUGGACCGCUCCACUGGUGAGGGUCUGGUCCGAUCCAAGGAGCCGCUGGACUGUGAGAGCCAGCGGGAGCACAGCUUCACCAUCCAGGCCUACGACUGUGGAGAGGGACCUGACGGAGUCAACAGCAAGAAAUCCCACAAGGCCACUGUGCAUGUUCGUGUAAACGACGUCAAUGAGUUCUCCCCCGUGUUUGUUGAGCGUCGCUAUGAAGCAUCAGUCCCAGAGGGGCGUCUGUUUGACCGAAUUGUGCGUGUGGAAGCUCUGGAUGCCGACUGCUCCCCGCAAUACAGUCAGAUUUGCUUCUAUGACAUCAUCACUCCCAAUGUACCCUUCGCUAUUGACAACGAUGGUAACAUUAAGAACACAGAGCCGCUGGAUUCAAAGCGUCAGCAUGUUCACACCUUCUGGGUGACCGCCUUCGAUUGUGGGAAGAACCGUGCUCAGGCUGACGCUCAGGUUGUUGUCACGGUCAAGCCGUCCUGCAAACCCGGAUGGAUUGGAUGGACCAAGCGAGUAGAGUACACUCCCGGGUCAGGUAGUGUACCCCUGUUCCCCAGCUUGCAUUUGGAAACCUGUGAGGAGACUGUGUGGAACAUCCAGGCCACCGUAGAGCUCCAGACCGGCCACAUUGGGAAAGGCUGUGACAGAGACAGCUACUCUGACAGAUCUGUGCGCCGGCUAUGUGGUGAGUUCUGGUUUAAACCCGAAAACAUGAAUAAUCAGAGGGCAGGAUCCUUUUUUAUAAUCUCUAAUGUCUUGUUCCUUCACACUGUGGUGCCUGAUUUGGUUGUCUCAGCACUAUCAGGUGACCACUUCACCCUGCAGCUGUGGAUGCGAAGGGGUGGUGCCAACAUCCAGCCUGCGACCACUCAGACCAGAGGAAAUCGCAAGGAGGAAGAGACCAUCGUGUGCAGCACCGUCAAGAACGAUGACACCUUUUCCCACUACUCUCUCUCCGUCCACGGCUGCCGCCUCUCUCUCUUCUACUGGCCUGAUGUCUCAGCCGCACGGCCCGUCAAGUUCUUGUGGAAACUGGAGCAGGUGUGUGACAGUGAGUGGCAUCAUCUUUCACUCAGUGUUCAGUUCCCCUCAGUGACCCUCUACGUGGAUGGUGUGACCUUUGACCCCGCCCUCAUCCAUGACAACGGAGCCAUCCCUAACCCUGCCCCCCGCCAGAGGAUGUUCAUCGGCGCCUGCUGGGAGCCCGAAGAGAAGCAGAGGGAGAUAGUAAACAACACCAUCCCAGAGGGCAAAGACUCAGUGAAGUAUGUGGGCGGUUACCACGGCCUGUUGUCGGGGGUGACGGUCCGUCCUGGCAGCGUGGAGCCUCACAGUGUGGUGGAGUGUCUGUACGCCUGCAGGGAGGGGCUGGACUUCGGAGAUCUUGAGACUCUGGGCUCUGGCAUGAAGGUUCAUGUGAACCCCAGCCAGUCAGUAUUAGUGCUGGAGGGAGAUGAUAUUGAGAGCUUUAACCGUGCGGUGCAGCAGGUCACCUACAGAAACUCUCUACGCUUCGCCACCCCCGGAGUCCGACCCCUCAAACUUACUACCUCACUCAGAUGUUUCAAUGAGGAGAGCUGUCUGUCCCUCAAGCAGCUGGAGGGCUAUCUGGUGGUUCUCCAGCCUGAUGCCCCUCAGAUCUCUCUGUCUGGGGUCGGCCCUCAUCUGGCUCGUCCUGCCCCUGAGUUUGAAGGUCCCCGCGGUGUACCUCUUUUCCCCGAGCUCCGGAUUGUUUGUUCCCUCUCUCACGCCGUCAACACUGCUGCACAGGGGAUGGAGGGUGGAGCGCUCAUGUCUGACGCUGUGGCUCACACUCUGGACGGCUGUGAGGUUCAACCGCUGGGCGAAGAGCUAAACCCAGAGAGGGAGGAGCUUCUGGUGGACAUGGAUGUUGUGCGAGAGAGGGGACUGGAAAUCAUCAAUACUACAGCUUAUAUUGCAAUCACAGGUGCUGAAUCCAUAUCUGUGUAUGAGGAUGUCCUUCGCUCAGUCAGCUACCGACUGGCCAAAGGCUCGGCCCGCUUUGAAAGGCGGUUCCGCCUGUCCUGCUCUGAGAUGAAUGGCAGAUACACCAGCAAUGAGUUGACUCUGGAGGUGAACUUCCUCCACUCUCUGGACAGCCUGUACCAUCCGUCCCAUCUACUGGCCUCCCAGCAGCAGUUUCUUCAUCCAUCCCAUCAUGCUGGGGAGCUGAGUGGACACACCCUGCCUAAUCCACACCGCAACUCAGUGGUGCCAGGAGCAGCCACCGUCAUCAUAAUGGUAUGUGUGGGUUUCCUGGUUGUCAUGGUAAUCCUGGGUGUUUUCCGAAUUCGCUCCAUCCAUCGCCGUGAUGAAGGUGCCAGGGGUGCAGCUAAGGAAGGCAGCAGCCAAUGGGAUGACUCUGCCCUCACCAUCAUCGUCAACCCAAUGGAGUCCUAUGAGUCUCGCAUGGGUGUCUCUGCUGACACCGAGGGGGAAGGGGAGGAAGAUGAGGAGGUAGCAGAGUCACCCGAUGACGCAAGCGACGACCAGCGAAUCAUCAUCAAGAAGGAGGGGAAAGACGCCAACACUCGUCGCUACUGAACCACAUGUAUCUCUGCACCGGUCCUCAUGGAAACCACAAGUCACACGCACCAACACUUUUAAUAUCAACGACUGCUGACACCACUAGUAUAAGGAAUGUAUGCUUACAGACACUACGCACAACACAGCCACUGUAAUACUCUUGACACUCAAUGCCAUAUGUGACCUAUAGCCAAGUAUGGGCAGUUGUUCUCUACCUAAAUGUUCAAUGGCACAAUGUACACAGUAAAUGUAAUUUAACCACCUCAGCAAACCCCACCGAAAUUGUAUGUGGUGCACCAGUUCUAAAUCACACGAUGGUCAUGUUUCUGUAUAGUGUAACACUGGUUGAAUGAGAAUUCUUUGUUUUUAAAAAAUAAGAUUGUAUUCUAUCAUUUGUUAUUGAACACAGAAUGAAUCUUUACAACAUGAAAACCAGAACAAUACGCAACAUACAGCCCUUGAUCAGAAGGCAAAGACACAAGCCUUGUGACAUUUCGCCGGACUCCCUUAAUAAAAUGACUCGAGAAGUCUGUGCACAAGCUCUUUUCCCCCUCUUUGCAUCUUCUCUCGACACAUUCCUCGACCGCUGUGCACAGAGUGAAGACAGUGAGGUCAGAGAUUCACUUUCCAAUGUAAUCAUAAAAACAUAAAAUACUUGCAGGUGUCUUUGUUUUUCAUAUUGUGACUACUUUAACGUUUCAGCUCCCGGCUAUGUUUUAUGUGGGGCUGAUGAUAGGAUUUGAGGACUAUAAAAUAUCUCUUAUAAAAUACCUUAUCCUUUACACGAGUUCCUGCAGUACUCCAACAAUUCAGAGUAAAAGUCAAUACGUUACUGUGGUUUCUGGUUCAAACUGGAGUCUUUGCAAAGUUUCAGCUUAUGCCACUAAAUGACAAAACACCACCAUCUACAAUAAAAGUGGUACAACCUGACCCCUGUGCCCCCUCCCAGUGACCACUGGAAUGUCUCUAAAUGAUGCUCACUACACACUGCUCUUACAAUAACUGCAAGACAUGAGAUGCAAACACACACAAAGACAGACAUAUGCACUUCAUAAUGCUACCCCUGCUGUUUCCAGAAUGUCAGCUCAGCUUGGGCAGUUUUGAUUGUAUUGAUUGUAAUGAAUUUUCUGUACAUACAAUGAUGAAUAUUAUGAUAUUAUUGUUAUUACUAUUAUUGCUGCAGCCGUCUUUUUCUGCACAUUUUAAGAGGGAGCUGCUUAUGAUUUACUGUUUUACAUUUCAGUAAUCACCUUUACAGCAUCA